UAUCUGAGGGCGCCGGCGCGGGGUCGGGUUUCCCGCCGGAGUGCUUAUCUCGGGCGCCGGCGCGGGGCAGCAGGAAGUCACCAUGUCGAGUCUGCACAAGAGCAGGAUCGCGGAGUUCCGGGACGUGCUGGGCGAGGCCGAGGUGGCUCUGCCGAAGCUCCGCGCGCUCUGCUUCAGCGGGAUUCCUUUUGACGGUGGGCUGCGCUGCCUCUGCUGGAAGAUCCUUUUGAACUACCUCCCAGUGGACAAAGAAGUAUGGAGUUCUUUGCUAAAGAAGCAGAGGGAACUGUAUUCCCAGUUCCUAAAGGAAAUGAUUAUCCAGCCUGGGAUAGCCAAAGCCAACCUUGGUGUCUCCAGGGAGGAUGUAACCUUAGAGGACCAUCCACUCAAUCCAAACCCAGACAGCCGAUGGAAUACUUACUUCAAGGACAAUGAAGUCCUGCUGCAGAUAGACAAGGAUGUCAGGAGGCUAUACCCAGAUAUGGCAUUCUUCCAGCGCCCAACUGAGUAUCCUUGCCUGCUAAUCCUGGACCCCCAGAAUGACUUUGAGACGCUACGCAAGCGGGUGGAACAGACAACGCUCAAGUCGCAGACAGUAGCACGAAACCGGAGUGGCGUUACAAAUGUGAGUUCCCCUCUCAAACCAUCUGCUCCUCAUUCAUUGAGUGAGUAUGAAGUUCUGCCUAAUGGUUGUGAAGCUCACUGGGAGGUGGUAGAACGGAUCCUAUUCAUCUAUGCAAAGCUGAAUCCAGGGAUAGCAUAUGUCCAGGGGAUGAAUGAAAUAGUGGGGCCUCUUUACUACACCUUUGCUACAGAUCCUAACUGUGAGUGGAAAGAGCAUGCUGAAGCAGACACGUUUUUCUGCUUCACCAAUCUGAUGGCUGAGAUCCGGGACAACUUCAUUAAGAGCCUGGAUGAUUCUCAGUGUGGCAUUACCUACAAAAUGGAGAAGGUCUACUCCACGCUGAAGGAGAAGGAUGUAGAACUGUACCUUAAACUGCAAGAACAGAACAUCAAGCCUCAGUUCUUUGCCUUCCGCUGGCUGACACUGCUGCUGUCCCAGGAGUUCCUGUUGCCUGAUGUCAUCCGUAUAUGGGACUCUCUCUUUGCUGAUGACAACCGCUUUGACUUUCUUCUGCUCGUUUGUUGCGCCAUGUUGACACUAAUCCGGGAUCAACUGCUGGAAGGGGACUUCACUUUAAACAUGAGGCUGCUACAGGACUAUCCCAUCUCCGAUGUCCAUCUGAUUUUGAAGAAAGCAAAGGAGCUUCAGGAUUCCAAAUAGUCCAUGAGCCUGGUGGUGUCCGAGGAACUGUGCAGUAGCAUAUGCUAGGAGACGCCCUCUUACAGUUUGGUGCGUUAUCAGAGCUCCUGCAAACCUCUGCAGGGCGUUGGGUUUUGUGUUCUGCCUAUUGGCCUCGUUGAAGACUUCCUUCCACUAUUUAUUAGGUCAUGGACUGACUAUUCCCAGCUAGACAGGUCCUGCACUCCAGGUUUUCUGAAUCUCUAACAACUCCAUGCUGCCUAAGCAGCUCUUUGUAUCUUUUUUUUUUAAAUGACUUUAAGUUUGGGGAGAUAGAAACUGUUUAGCUGAGUAUUCCUCAAAGUCUUACAAAACACUUUUGUGUCCUAUAGCAUUAUGAAAGCGUGUGCUCACACAUGGGGAUUUCUGUGAUAGGGGAAAGAAUGGGAUGGAUCCAGUGGAGUUUGGUGGGUAAGUAGAGAGUCUCCCUUGUAAAUAGAAUGUGUCUCACUCAAUCAGCAGGAUUCUGUGCCUGUGUCUGCACCUUGUCCUCUCUUGGGCAUGCAACAAGAAAAAGAUCAAGUUCACUGUCCUUCUGGUGAGUGUUAGAUGGAGCUCUGCAGUUCUGACCUCUUUCCAUGGGAAGGAGGCUUUAAGAAGCUGGGGUGGGAGAAUGCUAUUAUAGCUGGCUGCUUUGUGCAGUGAGAUUAUCUGCUCUCUAGUAGAGCCUGGUCUAAAACUGCCUUAUCAAGGAGCUCUCCUUGAUGAUGACCUUACUUGGAAGCAUAAAGUAGGGGUGUGGUUUUAAUUGGUGAGUGAAACAAUUUAACCAAGUCAAACAAGCCUUAUUUUACACAGCCUUAGAGUAGGGGCCUUGCUACUGCAGAGAGGCUUCAGGUCUUGAGCUGUCUUCCAUGCCACUUGUGUGGAUUCUACAUUUAUUCCAAAUUAAAGACAGGGUCUCUAAUUGCAAGCAGGAUUCUAAAGCACGAAGGGGCAGGUCUCCAGUCCUGUGCUGCCCAGACUGGAGUCUUCAGUCGGGACUUCAAAAGGCAUAAUGUGGGUUUUGCUAUGAAAUUGGCUUUUUGCCUUUGAAUGUUUGUAAUGUUACCUAGACUACUCCAAGCCUUUCAAACCAACUUCAGUAACCUCUGGUCAGCGUAACUUUUUCAGUCUGUGAUAAUCCUUGCUGGUAAGUGAUUUGAGAUUAUAAAUUAGAUUUUGUGUGCAUGUGCACACGUGCUGUCUUGGGAUGUGAUCCUUUUGGAGACGGAAGCAGUAAGCUGGUAAUAGCUGAUGCUUUGGGAUACCCUUUUUCUCAGAACAUCUCCUGAAGGAGAGAGUGCCACAUGCUGGUACAGCCCCACCAGAGCGGGAAACCACUAUAUUCCAGGCAAAUACAGUGGAUCACAGUAUAUCUGCAUCAUCCAAGAUUAGUGAUUGGGAUUGGGGCGGGAGGGACUUGCAGCCUACAAGCAGUGUCCUGGUGAUCAGAAUGGGGACCCAGAGUGAGCGUCAGGUGAUUUUCUUUUUUUAUAGCGGUGGGAGAAACUGGAGUAGCUGAGUACUCCAGAUGCUGUGAACAAACACUAAUCCAGGAUGCUGUGCUUCCCACUGUCAGGACAGUACAGAAUUCCAGUUGUCCAACACUGCAGCUGUCUCGUAUUUAAAAUCUGUGUAUGGAUUUUUGUGUGUGUGCAUUGCUCUUAUUAAAAGCCAACUUUGUGCUUUCUCAGAGCUCACUUACCCUGCUGAGUCCCACUAGCAGAUGAACCACAGUGCCCUGAGAUGUGGUCAGCCUGCUGAACGUUGGGCGAGGACUUAAAACGGCACUAAGGAAUGAUCCAGGUCCUGUGUAAACUAGUGAAUGUAAGGGGGGGGACAUGAGGAGGGAAUGUCUUUCCUUUGCCUUGGCAUUGGGGUUGUUAACAACUCCCUUAGCGUGAUGCUCAGCUUUUGUGCUGCUUCAGCUUCUGUUGACUGGAACAGUACAGAGGAUGCAGUGGUGACGUUUUAAAUGAGUGUGAACUGGAGGGAGGAUAGCAGUUUUUAAGUGUGUGUGUGUGUGUGUGUGUGUGUGUGAAUGCUACUUAUCAGGCAGCUUCUUUCUUAAGGCUGAGAGGACUACAACUUUCAGCCACUUAGUCAUAAGAAGUAUGAGAAGCAGACAUACCUGUACCAGUUAUUCCAGGAAUUAGAUUCUUCUGCUACACUGCUUUUGUGUUAGGGAGACCAGUGCUGAGUGAGUAGUCUUUUAUAAUCAUAAAGCCGGCUGCUACAUGCAGGCAUAGAACUUGAGGAUUGGGCUGUCUGGCAAAACUCCCAUCAAACUUCCCGAGGUGUGUUGCUUAAAGUUGAAAGCUCGUUACACAAUGGCAGGGCUUCAGAGUUGCUCUGGACGCCUAUAGUGUGUGUGGUGGGGGUUGGGUUUGGUUUUGUUCACUUUGUGUUUUUUUUUGGUUUUUUGUUUUGUUUUUGUUUUGUUUUUGUUUUUUUUUUUUUGUAACCUUUGCUUAACCUAAAGCUUAUACAUGGACUCCAAAAUGCUUCCAAGGCACCUGAGCCGUGUGGCCUGUCCUCUUGCACAACUCCAUAAGCAGCGCUACAGUUCUGGCGCAUCAGCUGUAUUUCUUUUAAUAACUUACAAAUAACUAUCAGGCUGCGAGGCCAAAAUCUCUCAUGAACCACUCUAGAUUACUUGACUUCAUGAACAUUAUGUUCAUCUGGGAUGCUGUCAGGCAGAUAAGGUUGCUUGCUGAUGCAUAAAGGCCUGAAAAAGAACAGCGUUUGCCUCUCCAUUCCUACUUUCUGGGAGACAUGCAGAAAGUAGGCAUAUGGUUUGACAACAGAAACCAAGUAAUCUGGGGUUGCUUAUGCUAUGUGGAGUAACCUGCUCGGACUCUAAACUUAAUUUUGAUUUGAAGUCAAUGGGAGUCCUUCAACUGAUUCUUAAUGCUGAGUUUGGUCAGGUGUUUGCAUGGGAGUGUAGCUUUUCUAAUGAGGGAAGAGAUUGACCAGUGGUAUAAUCCUCUGUAGUCUUGGGAUACUUGGGCCUACAUUCCAGUGCUGGGGGCAUGUUUUGGCGGUUUUCUCCCUGGCUAGUAUGUUCAGUUUAGGUGGUACAAAACCUCCACCCCAAUCCUGCCUAGUCAGCCUACGUGAUAUAAAGGUUUUAAGCAAAGACCUCUUGCACGUUAGUUGGUGACAGUAAGUAAGAAUGAAAGGAUUGACCCUUGCCUCUUAGGACAGGUCACAGAUGACACUCCAGGAAAGAAACAAUGCUAGAAAGGCUCCUUUAGAGCUUUUUCCAGCUAGGGGGAGGGCUUGGCUAUUAGCCCGGGCAUGCUGGUUAUAGCUGAUUCAUUUGAUGUUAAGCACCAUCUACAGGUUCCACUGCAGAACUUGAAAGACUUUAUUAUGCCUUUAGUCAUCUGGGAGAUGAAAAAGUGUACAUUAAGGUUGAGUUUCUCAAGUGUGAAACAAGGUGGGAGAAGAAUGAGCACCUAUGCUGAGGGAUGUUGCUGGUGUGUGUUUCUGUUCUCCCUCCCCCCCCCAGUUUAAAAGCAGAGAAUCUCUCCAUUCCAAUGCAGUUAGUGAGACUAUUGUUCUUCUUUGCACAUUGCAAGGGCCACUUUAGUUGUCCAAGAUCCUCUUUGUUCUGGUGUCUGUCUUUUUUCCCCUCCUCUUGAGAUAGCAAGGGCUGCUGUUUGGAUCCUGAAGGAAUAGGGAGGCUGUCAACAAGGAAUUCUUCCCUUUCUUUAAUGAUAUUUUGAAGUUUAACACUGCCAGCACUUAUUGGUACUGUGGCUUGUUUCAGUAGUGGGGAGGAGACGCACAAACACUAUGUCUCUUGUAAGCUCUUUGAAUUAGUUACCUUGACUUUCCUUGAAUUUUUGCAGCUGGACAGUAACUAGCUUGUAGUUGAGUCCUCUCACAUGAUCACGAAGUAACUGCCCCCAGCUUAGAAGCAGACUUCUCUCUCCAGAGCCUGCUCCGUUACAGGAGCAGCUGUCUUGGCUGAGGCCAGUAGCAGCCCAUAGUUGCUUGUAUAUGGUGACACAACAUUGUGGAAUCCAAAUACCUUGUUAGCGAGGAUACUUGCUUAGCUUCAUGCAGCACACCUAGAGCUCUUCCCAAGAGCAGGACCACUGCCACUGUGGAGGCAUCUGUCCUCCACUGGGAGUUGGGGGGGGGGGAUGAAUGGAGAUGCAGUGCACUGGUCAUAAGGAAGAAGGCCAGGACCCCUGCCCUUCCCUUCCCUUCCCUUCCCCUUCCCACAAUUUUGUGCUGUGGAAUCUUGUAGCCUUGGCAAUGGUCAGGAAAAGGAAGUGGAGAAAUCUAGGGAUGAGAACAAACCUGGGACUGGCCAUGGUUUUUUAUAAAGAAUUUUCUUUUUUUUUGGAAUGAGUGUCAUACAUGGGUCAAUGUGUUGCUGAGUUGUUUUGUUUUUGUGGUCUAAACUGGAAUUUAUUUUUUAGCUCCGCAGUGGAGAGUGUGAAGGUCAGGAGCUGCUGUAAGAAAUACAGGGGUAUUUUGGCAUGCAAGGGCUCUUUCUACUUUAAAUGACGUUUUUGUAUGUUUUAGCUACCUUUAAAACUUUUUUCUAAAAUGCCCUUUCACAGAAGAUUGCGGGGAGGGACCACACACUAGUAACCUCUACAAGUUUUCAAGGGAAGUAAAUCAUACUUUUCUCCUUUUUGACUGGAAAAGAAAUCAAGACGUGAGAUUGAGAUCAUGUCAUCUAUGUGCAAAGCUUUCCCCCCCCAGCCCUCUUUCUCAGGUUUAAACACUAUUUUUUUUUCCCUCUUCAUGCAGCUCCUUUCCAUUAAAUUAAGGGCUUUGUACAAAAAUGAUCUGUUCUCUAUACAAUGCAAUUCACCCUUGCCACAGGUUGUGCUAGGAUCCUAAGCUGCUAUAUGUGAUAAACUACAGUAUUUUUUUUUUAAAUGCCCUCUUUCCUUUGGACUGUGAAAAACCAAGUGAGUGUGUGUUAGUUGGUUGUCAGUAGCAUUAACCUCUGGUCUUCUGUAUUUCAAGAGUCUGUGUUAUAGCAGAGUUGUUCUGCAUGUGUAAGUUAUUCCCAUUGCCACCAUACCCUAGGCUCCCCUCCUGUUUGUGUCACUCCUAAACUAAACUUUUUUACUACCUAGUUCCAUAAAAUCAUGGUCCUACUGGGCUAGGGAAUGGGGGUUGUAUGGUGUAGCCCUCACUUACAGGGCUGUGUUGCUCUAAACUUUAACUAACAACAUCUAGGUAUAUCCUUCAAGUACAGAUAUUCUCGCUAGGUCACGCUAUCAAGUUAAAUUUUUACAUGUACAGUUGAGUAGGCUGUUGCAUGAGCUAUUGCUGGAGCUGUGCAAAUGCACCAGGAGCCAAGGUGUACUGGGACUGUGUUACCCCCUGAGGGUGGUAAGGAUCACUGGACUGGUAGCAGCAAGGGCUGCGUUGCUAGAAAUGAAUGAUUGUCAGAUCCAUGGAAGAUGCUCGCUGGCUCUAAGCGCAGGGAACAAAAGCACGUGGCUGUGCAAAGGCAGGCCAAAGGUGGGAACGGAAGAAUCCUCCAUGACCAAGCUGCUCCUCCUGCCUGUGCUGAUUUAUAAUGUUGUUUUAUUCCUGUACAUCUCACAUGAGCUGUGGGGAGUUCUUGUUUCCAUGACUGCUGUUCUUUUUGAUUUGUCUUAAUAAACAUUUUCUCUUUGCAAA